CAGUGUUCCUUCUCUAUUUAAGUUGAACGAAGAAAAAACCCUAAGAAAAGUAAUCGCCUGUAUACCCUCGCCGCUCUUGGCUGACGCAUACAAGUUUCUCCCAAAUGGCGCCGAAGAAGGAUAAGGCUCCUCCACCGUCAUCGAAGCCGGCGAAAUCCGGAGGAGGCAAGCAGAAGAAGAAGAAGUGGAGCAAGGGAAAGCAGAAGGAGAAGGUGAACAACAUGGUGUUGUUUGACAAGGGCACGUACGACAAGCUGCUUACCGAGGCGCCUAAAUUCAAGCUCAUAACACCGUCUGUUCUCUCCGAUCGUCUCAGGAUUAGUGGGUCACUUGCAAGAAAGGCUAUUAGAGAGCUGAUGGCUCGAGGACUGAUAAGAAUGGUGUCAGCUCAUUCAAGCCAGCAGAUAUACACCAGGGCCACAAACACCUAGAUGGCUAUAUUUUCAUUGAUUUGGUGAGCUUAAUGCAAUUUUUGUAUUAAACGACGUGCAUUUUUAGAUUUGAUGCUGAACUGAAAGCUUGAGAAUUUUGGUGUUUAGGGGAUUUAUUUAUGUAAUUGCUAUCAACUUGAACUUAUUACGUUCUCCUAAAAUUUUCUUACUGGUA